UUAUAUACUUGGGUCUUGGGCUCAACAAAUAUUGAAAUUGGCAAUCAAUUUCAAACCUUCAAGCCCAAAUUUGAAUGGUCCAGAAUCAAUUUCUCUUCUGUCCUGGUAGGGUUUUUGAAGAUCAAGAUGGAGAAAGAAGAUGUGGAAGAAGUGAAUCUGCAACAGAAAAAGAAGCAUAAAGGGAAACAUGACAAGCCAAAGCCAUGGGACGAAGACCCAAACAUCGAUCGUUGGAAGAUUGACAAGUUCGACUCUUCCUGGAACCCCGAUGAAAAAUACUUGCAAGAAGCUUGGCCAAAGGUUAAAUCUGCUCUCAAAGAAUAUGGUAUUUCUGCUGAGCUCAACUUGGUUGAAGGGUCUAUGACAGUUUCAACAACAAGAAAAACUAGGGACCCAUAUAUUAUCAUCAAAGCCAGGGAUCUCAUCAAGCUUCUAUCAAGAAGUGUUCCUGCACCUCAGGCAAUUAAAAUACUCAAUGAUGAAAUGCAAUGUGACAUUAUCAAAAUUGGGAACUUGGUGCGCAAUAAGGAACGAUUUGUUAAAAGAAGGCAGCGUCUUGUGGGGCCUAACUCUUCGACUUUGAAGGCACUUGAAAUAUUGACAGGCUGCUACAUUCUUGUUCAGGGAAACACUGUCGCUGCUAUGGGUUCAUUCAAAGGUUUAAAACAAGUCAGAAGGAUUGUGGAGGACUGCAUAGAAAAUAAAAUGCAUCCUGUAUACCAUAUCAAGAUUCUCAUGAUGAAGAAAGAACUUGAGAAGGAUCCAGCACUUAAAGAUGAAAACUGGGACAGGUUUCUUCCAAAGUUUAAGAAGAAAAAUGUUCAAACAAAGAAAAUUAAGAGUAAAGAGAAGAAACCAUAUACACCCUUCCCUCCUCCUCAGCAACCUAGUAAGAUUGAUCAAGAGUUGGAAUCUGGAGAAUACUUCUUGAGUGAGAAAAAGAAAUUAGCUAAGAAGUGGCAAGAGAAGCAGGAGAAGCAGGCACAGAAAACAGCAGAAAACAAAAGAAAAAGAGAAGAAGCAUUUGUUCCACCCAAGGAACCUGUGAAGCAAGAUUCUAACAAGGCAGAGAAUGACAAGGAAGAUGUCGCUGCUCUUACCAUGUCAUUGAAGCAAAAGGCCAAGGAGUUUGGGAAGAAAAAAUCUAUUCAAAAUGUCAAUGCUGAAGAAUAUAUUGCAGCCCCCACCACAAAACAACCUUAAAAAGAAAAAGAAAUCCAAGCAUACAUAGUAUAGGCAAACAUGAAUGUUAGACUAGACAAGUACAUGGAUGAUAAAGUUUGCUAAAUAUAUGGUGGCUUUGCUCAAUCCCAUGACGCGGAUUUGCUAUCAUUGGGAAACAGGCAGAUAUUGCACUCUUCAAGGUCUGCACUCCGCAUAGACUAGUAAAAAAACUCAUAUAUUGAAAUUGGUUCUGAUUUUGUUGGUAUGUGAAGCAGCUUGGUUUCUUGGUUUCUUGGUUUCUCUUUUUCCUUUUUGUUUCUCUUACAGUGGAUUAAAUGGAGAGAAUGCAUGGUCAAAAAGAGAAUAUGGGAUCUAGGUUAAAUUAGAAAAAUCUCUGUGAAGUUAAACCUAUUGCUAAUUUCCCUGAGAUAUAGUAUAAUA